AUGUCUCAUCUACAAGCAGAAAAGUCCUACGACCAGCUAGACGAUGCUUCGUCUUGGAGGGAGAACGCCUCGCCGCAUCACACAGACGGAUCUCUCCUUCUACCGUCAAAGGAUGGCUUAGAGCCUGGGUUUGCACCAGUUCAGUCGUUGUCUCGCGGCCUACAAGUCCCAUCAAGGUCGUACCGGUUGACCUCCGGUUUCGAAUACCCUGCCGCCCUCUCCAACUACGACGUGUCGGAAGAAGACUGGACAAAAUUUACUGGAGAGAUCACGGAAGAGGCCAAGAUGUCCUCGCAACAAUGGAGAACGGUCAUUGGCACUGGUAUAGGCACAAUGGCUAUCGGUGGUAUUAUGAUAGGCUUCUUUGGUGCUAUUCCUGCUGUGAUAGCAGCUCGAAGGAAGCGAGCACACCACGAAACCCGAAACCUUGCAGCUGCAAUUUCUCCGGACAGCAACUCUUCUCUUUCACACAAGCUCAGCAACUGGAACGAGGACUUUUUCAAGCCUCGCGGCAUUGUCAUUCGGGUCGAUAUGCCGUAUGACACGGACAGUCUUGAGGAGAUGGACGUCAGCUCGCCAACUUCAUCUCGGGAAGGCUCUGUUGUCUCGUCUCCCAGUGAUAGCAAACUACAAAAGACCAACAGGUCUGCGAGAGACAAGGCUCGGAGUCGUGGGCGCAUUGUAGUCAUCCCCCUGCACCAGAGUACGCCGUCAGUGAUGAGUCAGGCAACUACCCUUGCUGAGGAGAACACUACUGUACAUGCUGUGUAUGAGUGA